GAAUGGGGAGGAAAAAAAAGACACACAAAUAAUUUUUAUCCAUUGGGCAUCUUAUCUAGGAUGAGGUAUCCAAUUACCAAAAGCCAAGUAAGCAACAAGUGUAUUGAGUUAAUCUAACAUGAAGCCUACCACACAAUUCCAUUUGUGGCUAUCAUUAAUUCUUUAACAUUACUAUCUUUUUAACUUGUAUUCUCGAUUAAUAUAACCAAAAUUUUCUUGGGGUUUGACAAUUUCUUAAUUUCCUUGGUGAGAUAUCAUAUCCUAUCAGCAAAUUAAAAACAACAGUCAGAGAUCAAUGGCAUCAGUUGUGAUGACUUCUCUCCCACAAUUCACUGGGCUUAGACCCCAGCAAGCUACUUCCCCUCUUAAGACCUUGUCGGUAGCUCUUCCAAUGAAAGGCAAAGGAAAAGGAGCUUUGGGUGCUAGAUGUGAUUAUAUUGGGUCACCCACAAACUUGAUAAUGGUAACAUCAACAACACUAAUGUUGUUUGCUGGAAGAUUUGGGUUAGCUCCAUCAGCCAAUAGAAAAUCAACAGCUGGAUUGAAAUUGGAAGCAAGAGACUCAGGUCUACAAACUGGUGACCCUGCUGGGUUUACCCUUGCUGAUACACUUGCUUGUGGUUCUGUUGGUCACAUUAUUGGUGUUGGUGUUGUACUUGGUCUCAAAAACAUUGGGGCCCUCUAAGCUUGCCUUUAUAUCUCUUCUAUUUUUCAUGGUGUGAUCUUGUAAAAAUAUUUUAUUAAGUAUUAUGACGUUCACUUAGAUUUCUA